AUGGCGCGCCCUGAGGUUGGCCAGGUGGUGGCAUGGUAUAUCUGCACCGUCACAGCCAGCCUCUUCCUUAUAACGCGACUGGUGAUCCGAUGGCGGCUGUUCAAGCGAUUCUACGUCGAUGACUACUUGUUGGCCAUAGCUAACCUGUGCCUGAUUUGCGACUUGGUCAUUCAGCACUACAUGUUCAAUCUCGGCAUGUCCGAUCCCGAGGUGAAGAAGGAGGAGAUGGUGGAGAUACUCAAGAUGGUCAUCCCCGGCUCCACUCUCUACGUGACUUCGCUCUGGUUGAUCAAGGCGGGCAUGGUGAUUUUUUACAAGCGUCUCGCCGACCGGACGAAAUAUCAAAUGAUAUACAACAUCACCCUCGGUUUUCUGGCGGCUACCUGGCUUACAAUUUUCCUCAACAUCAUCUUCAAGUGCUUUCCUCCAAAUCGCAUAUGGGAUCUUGACCACCCUGAGCGAGCUUGCUCGCAUAAGCAGUCGCGGAUCAAUUACUGGAUCACCAUCUUAUUCAAUAUUUGUAGCGAUGUCUUUAUUAUUUGCCUUCCAAUAUCUCAGGUGCUAAAGCUGAAGCUCCCCAAGAAGCAGAAGAUUGGCGUUCUCAGCAUUUUCAUGCUCGGGUUCCUGGUCGUGAUCAGUAGCAUCAUCCGUGCUAUUUACGCCUGGAAAAAUGAGCAGAUGAUCACCUGCACCGUGUCGAUGGUUGAAACCACCAUCGCCAUCAUCGCAUCUUGUCUUCCCGUCAUGCGCACACUGUUCUUCGGGUCGAAGUCGCGCACGGGUACCUACAGUGGCGGACGGGGAUACGCACUGUCCAGCUCUGGACAUAUUGGGGCGGGAAAGCAGAAGAGUACCGUUUCGGCGUCGAACAUCGGGGUGCGCAGCAAAUCCGGGCUGUCGCGGCAUGACUCGGAGGAUGAGCUGGUUCGGGAGGGCGCGUCCCCAGCGUUGGAUGCACCGAAUUCGGGGAUAUCGGUGACUCGGGAGUAUUUUGUGCACGAGGGGAUGCGGGACACUGAGAGUUUGCGUUGA